GAAGGUGAUGGAGCUGAUGAAGGUGAAGGAGCUGAUGAAGGUGAAGGAGCUGAUGAAGCGCAGGCGCCUCCCUGUCGGACGCGCACGCGCUUCUCCUGCUCCUGUCUCGUUCACGCGCCGGUCCGUGGAUUCCAGUCCUCCACGCGCAGUUUCCUGGGAGGCGGAUGAGGAGCAGCAGUCUGUUCGAAGAAGAAGAAGAAGAAGUUCCUGCUGCAGUUCUUUAAGAGAAGAAGAACCAGAUCAGUAGAAGAAGUCGCAGGAGUUCCUGCAGGAACUUUUUUCACUGUAAACUCUGCGCGCGCUGCCACCGCCUGCGGCUGUAGUGCGCAUGCGCUCUCCACAGCUGUUUAGUUUUGUUCUCUUCGGUGAUAAUGGGCCGAUUGUGUCACCGGACCCGGCCGUGACGUCACCAGAGAGACGGCACCGGAGCGAAAGUUCACAAUCAGGAGAGGCGUGGCUUCAGCUGGUCCAUGCACUAACUCUGUAGUGUGUGUGUGUGUGUGUGUGUGUGUGUGAUGAUGAGUGGUGGUAAAAAGAGGAGUGGCUUCCAAAUCACCAGCGUGACCUCAGACUUUAACCAAACUCCAGCUGGCCAAUCAGCUCCUAGCGCGGUCCUGACUGUCCUCCAAUCAGCAGUCGCCUCCUGCAGACCUCAAGGAAGCUCUUCCCAGCCAACCACGCCCUCUCUGAAGAGGAAAUACGUCUCCCAUGAUGCCUUUGGGCAGGGGGUGGGGUCUUCCUCCAGGUUCAGAGUGGUGAGGCUGGCGGUGGGCGGGGUUGGCAGCAGCGGGGGGCGGGGCCAGCCAUACAGCCGUGGGCGAUGGAUUUGUACGGACAUAAUGGCGCAACAGGAAGGGGCGGGGUUCAGGCGGGUGAUGGACACCAUGAGACAUGCCCACUCUCUGGAGUCCCUGGAGAUUAUUGGCUGGGACAUAGACAGAGGCGGAGUCCACUCCCAUGACACCGCCCACCUUUUGGCUCGGCCAAUCGGAGGAAAGGAGGGAGCAGGUCUUAUGCAGUGCAGCGGGCCACUUUCGCCAACACACCAAGAGCUAAUGAACAUCCGGCUCCUGGACUGGAAAAAGCCAAUGGGAGCUCAGGGUUCCGACUCGGCCCCUCCACCUCUUUUGACCCCCCCACCAAACGUUCCUCCUCCGCUCCGGUUGGACGUGGACUCUGCAGGACGGUCUGUCUUCAGGCUGUCUUACUCUCAGCCGAGCUCCCCCCCCGCUGGAUCGUACCAUCCCACUCUGACACCUGUUCGGACUCCAGCAGCCUUCAGUCUGGACCAAACCAUCUUCAAACUGCCGGGGGACACCAGCAACUCCAGUAGCAGUCCGAUCGCCAUUGACAACAAAAUUGAGGCAGCCAUGGACCUGGUUAAGAGUCACCUGAUGCUUGCGGUCAGAGAGGAGGUGGAGCUUCUGCGGGAACAAAUCAGAGAGCUGCAUGGAAAGAACCAACAGCUGGAGCAAGAGAACCACAUCCUGAGAACCCUCACACACAGUACACACAAUACACACAGUACACACAGUACGCACAAUACACACAGUACAUAUAACCCCUAACACACAAGAUACACACAGUACGCACAAUA